AUGGGCAAGGCGGCGCACGCAAAUUUCCCAUACGGCUCGGCCGCGCCGGCUGGUGACAAGAGGCAGGCGGCUUUGAAAAAUGAGUGGUUGAAGUUCGUCGACGCCAGCGUCCCUGGCUGUAUGCUGGCCGAAACGUUCGGUGAGAGUGGAGGGGCGAUGGACAUUGAGGUUCUCACCGCCGCCAAGUUCGAAGGCGAGGCCCGUGUUGCGACGCCCACUUCUGGCGAGAGAGCAGCUCUGGAUGGCUUCACCGUCGGCUCCGAAGUUGUCAUGCUAAAGCGCCAGACUGUCCAGGUGGAUCACGGCCGCCGCAGGGCGUCCUACCCCGCGGUUUUGUCGAAGGGCAAGGUUGGCAUCCUCAAAGAGGUCAAGGGGGUUAAGUUUCUGGUCGAAUUCCAAGUGGCGUUCACGGUCGGGGACGAAACGAAGGACAAGACGGUUAUUGCGCAGCUGGACAAGCAGAAGGUCGCCACCCCGAAGGGCCACGAGUACGCUGCGAAGUUCGACGGGACCGAGGUGAAGCUCGCGCUGUGGCCGCCGAUCCCGCCCCAGAACGAGAAGGACACGUCUGUGGACCUUUGCUACUUGAAAGGCAAGGUCGCGCUGACCCAGUUUCUCAUGGACAACGAGUUUGGGCGGCCAAGCUACACGGGCAAGGACUUCACCGUCCUGAUUCGCGACGGCAACUACGAGGUGUGGACGGCCAAGCAGUUUCCAGCCUGGACGAUAUCUCUCAUUCCCCAGACUACCGAGGUCAAGGACUGUUACUGGAGCAUGGGCAAGAGCAACCUGACGCAGAACACUGCGGAAGCCCACCCUGAGAACAAACAUUUGGUCCUGGAUGGUCGCUUGAGGUCCACAGUCGUCGAGAACCGUGCCCCAUCCCUUUUCUUCAUGGUAACCAGGACUGGCGUGAGCGACAAUGCGAACAUGAAGUGCGUGUUCUCCCAGAUUUCGGGAGACCUCAAAGUGGACAUCGGGUGCCAGCACCCCCAGAAGCGCAGCGCUGACGUGGCGUUCGGCGUCGGUGAGUGGCCACAGAUCCCCACGAUGACGAAUCCGAAGAUGAUCCAGAAACACACGCGCCUGGCGGUGUGCGACGAUACCGAACUGGCCAAGAUCAACCAGAAAAUGAAGGACGAGAAGCUGAAGCUGCUCGCGGCCAGCAAGGCUCUCAAGGGGCCAUCCGCCACGGGCAGCGCGUGA